GCUCCACCCAUGUUUGUGACCCGGAUGUGUAGGGCGCUCAUCACGGGGCAGUGAUUUCCGGUUGCAGUUGAGUUUAAAGGUAUACAAGCUUUUGUGUCCUCUAGUGCACUGUUCACAAUAUGCUGAGAGAGUACAGUUACCACUGUGGAUAAAUUAUUCGACUGUUGGGAGAUAAACUAGCUGGGAGUGUAUGUAGCAGAGGAAGAAUUAACUUCUGGAAACUGGAACAGUUCAGGCAAAAAAAAACCCAAACACUCACCCAGAGGGUGCUAAGACAUUGCUUGUUUGCAUUCUGGGAGUGGACUUUCAGUCAGUACGGGUGUGAAGGGCAUCAUGGCACCUGGUGUUAACGAACACUCAGCUCCAAACAUGACAUCACUGCAGUGUUUCCAUCCCUGCUUCCUAUUCGGACCCAAAAAAAAGAAGAGGAGAGGCAAGUCCAGAGGAGAGGAGACAGAACAUCAUGAGAAGAAGGUUGGCAGCAAGUGUUCCAAGGGCUCAAGGAGUGCGAGCCUAAACAGCUUCUGGAAACUGUUGUUGGUGAGUAGCAGACGUUUUGCUGCAUUAGAUGUUCUGGUCACUAUGGGUGAGAUAAAAGUCUCCCCUGAUUAUAACUGGUUCCGGAGUACAGUCCCACUAAAAAAGCUACAGUAUCCUGUAUACUGGGACCUCCUUGAAUUUUGUGAUGGAUUCAGGAAGCUUUUAGAUCAUCUUCAAUUGGAUAAGGUUCACAUUUUUGGUGCUUCCUUGGGAGGAUUUUUGGCACAGAAGUUUGCAGAAUAUGCACACAAAUCACCCAGAGUUCAUUCUCUUAUCUUGUGUAACUCAUUCAGUGAUACAUCUAUCUUCAACCAGUCUUGGACUGCUAGCAGCUUCUGGUUGUUGCCUGGAUUUAUGUUGAAGAAGAUUGUUCUUGGAAAUUUUACAACUGGUCCUGUGGAUCCAAAAAUGGCAGAUGCAAUCGAUUUCAUGGUUGACCGGUUGGAGAGUUUAGGACAGGGUGAGUUGGCCUCUCGUCUCACUUUAAACUGCCAGAAUUCCUAUGUAGAGCCUCACAAGAUCAAAGAAGUUCCUGUAACCAUAAUGGAUGUUUUUGAUCACAGUGCACUUUCUCAGGAAGCCAAAGAAGAAAUGUAUAAAUUAUAUCCAAAUGCGAGACGAGCACAUCUUAAAACUGGUGGCAACUUUCCCUAUUUGUGUCGGAGUGCUGAGGUUAACCUUUAUGUACAGAUCCACCUGCGACAGUUCCACGGUACACGGUAUGCUGCAAUUGACCCAGCAAUGGUGAGCGCUGAAGAACUUGAGGUACACAAAACCAGGUUUGAAAAUGGGAAUGAAGAAGAUCUUUGACUUUCUCUCUUGACAAAAAGAGUAAGCUUCCACAAGACGGCAUUGAAGUGUGAACUCUCAAGUGUUGGCAACAGAGUACCUUUUUUUUAAAAAGUUUCGUGGCUGAGCAAAUGAGAGGUCUACCUGAUUACUUUUGUUCUUUAAUUCUAAUGAAUUUAAUUCCCACAAAAUCUUUUGUCUAAAACCUUCCCCAAUGGCUUGUCUAAUUAACGAUUUAGAAUCCAAGCUAUAGCUAAAUAACCGACACCGUAAGUCUCCUUGCAUUGCCUCUUAGGUCAGUCCUGUUUUAUUAAAUGCCAUUUUAUUUUAAUUAAUUUGUUGACCAGUUAAGUAUUUCAAGAGCAAUUUACCUGUGGUCUAAUCACUUCAUGACCACUUGAUUUUGAAUUAGUUGGUAAAUGAUAAUGUGCCUGACAUACUGCAUUUAUUUUAGUCAUUUAUUUACCAUAAUUUGUUUUGAAAUUCGUAUAAAUAAUUGUUUAAAAAACCUUUUAUUGUGUGUGUUUAUUAAUUUGACUUUAAUUCAUUAGUGAAUCCGUUUGCAGUUCCUGCAAAUAUAAAGCUGAAAAUUUGUUGUAUUUGACUUUUACUUAAAGGAUUAUAGUUUAGAGUGCAAAUGCUAUGUGUUAUGUAAACAUAUUGUUGAACGUGCUUACUUUAAAGUGGCAGUUUGUGUCAGAUAUUUGCCUUGGGAAAGAAUAACUCACUGAAGUCAGGAAGCAGCUAUCAAGAAUAUACGCUGAAGAAUACGCUAUUAAUGUGUUUUAUUGCAUUCUGUGAAUGAAAUGCAUAUCUAGCCUGCAAUGAAUAGAAUUCAAAACUUCUUCUAAAAAUGUCUUUGGGGGCUGAGCCCCUCUUACCAGAGGUUUUUACAUCAGUGCAUUAUGCUGAUUAAUAAAUUUGAUUGUUUCAAUAUGGAA